CAAUUUUAGUGUGUAAGCAAUUUUAAAAAACUGUAAUGGGAAAUUUACACUUAAAUGGCUGUUUAUUGCAGUGCAGAUUUUAACUGCUUUCUGCGAAUUACCAUAAUAGACUGCAUGGUUUGAAAUUUUUUUGCAAUACUGACACUGUCCUAUAUGACAAAAUAAUAAUUCUUCUCUCAUUUGUACUGUAAUUUCACUGUCACUCAAGUAACUGCACUCAUUUCCCUCUGGAUAAUUAUACUGUCUGACUAUUCAUUAUCCCUUCAAAUUAAAGCAGUGGUGUAAAGUAUUUGAGUAAAUCAUUUUGGGUACUUUGUAGUUUUACUGAGUAUCAAAGAUAUUAGCAACUUUUACGCUCUACUUAACUACAGUUUUUAAAAAUUAUAUGUACUUUUUACUCCAAUACAUUUGUAAUGAGUAAUGCAAUUACAUAUUGUAGCUGUGUCCCAAUUCAGUGGCUGUGUCCUCCGGAGGUCGUAUUUGAAGGCUGCAUAUGUCAUCAAGUCAGUCUCAUUUAAGAAAAGUAACCGUUACAUUGCAAAGUAAUAAAGUAAUUACAGUAUUUUACACAUCACAAUGAAUAACAGUCAAUUUUAUUACAGUUACUUUUCUUAAAUAAGACAUCCUUGACCGUCAUUUAAGAAAAGUAACAUAAUAAAAUUGACUGUUAUUCAUUGUCAAGGCUUGACGUAUGCAGCCUUCAAAUGCGACCUCUGAAAGGACGCAGCCUCCGAAAUGAGACGCAGCUUACAUUUUGCGUGACACCCAACUUUUUCUGCAGCGGUUUAUUUCUGCUAUUGCAAUCUACAGGGCAUUGAAGGUACUAUAUCUUGUGCGUUUUGCCCUUACUCACCCAAACAUGUCAACAUGGCUUAUGCGAAUGCGAGUGUAUUAGCAAGUAGUUGUGAAUCGCAGGUGUUACAAAUAUGAGAUGAGGACAUGCAGCCGAUGAUUAGGGCCGAAACCUGCAUGUCCAGUACAAAUAGGCUUGGACUAUUUAAUUUUACUUAACUUUAUUUCAUUUAUCUGUUAUAUUGAAGAUAACUUUUUGAAGGAUAUUGGUUUACUUAUGCCCUUUCUGAGCACUUGAGCUUAAAGGUGCAGUAAGCAAUUUCUAAGAAACGCUGUUGAAAGUGGAUCGGACCGAGCAUCAAAACACACUUGUAGCCAAUCAGCAGUAAGGGGCGUGUCCACUCGUGAGGGGGGAGGUGCCUGUGCUGCAUAAAAUGUUUGUGAAUUUUGGGGCGGAGCAAUUAAGAUAGGGGUGUGAUCCUUUUGGGUAGGGGCAUGUUUGUUUUGAUGAUUUUAAAUAUCAACAGCGUUUCUCAGAAAUCACUUACUGCACCUUUAACUGAGACUUGAGUGUUUGUAGACAUUUAAGAGGCUAUUGUGUCCACACCGUGAUUUAUUACAAUUGAUUUAUUGCUCACAAAUCACCUCUUUCUUGUUUUUUUUACUGGCAUGUCUCUUAGGUGUUGAGGACUAGUGCAUCUUUGAGCCUACAUUCAGUACGAGUAAAAUACUUAAGUACUGUUAAAAUCAGAUACUCUAAGACUUUUACUCAAGUCGUUUUGGAAUUGGUGACUUGAAACUUGUCAUCUAGUCAUUUUUGCUGUAAGAUGUCUGUACUUUUACUCAAGUAUGGUUUUCAGGGAGCAGGAACAGAUGAGAAAUGUUUGAUUGAAAUUCUUGCUUCAAGAACCAAUGAGCAGAUUCAUAAUCUGGUGGCAGCAUACAAAGAUGCAUAUGGCAGAGACCUUGAAGAGGACAUUAUAGGGGACACAUCUGGACAUUUUAAGAAGAUGCUGGUUGUUUUGCUUCAGGGGACCAGAGAGGAAGAUGAUGUUGUUAGUGAAGACCUCGUGGAGCAAGAUGCUCAAGACCUGUAUGACGCAGGAGAGGCACAGUGGGGCACAGAUGAGGCCAAAUUCAUCAUGCUGCUGGGAAACCGUAGUGUGACCCAUUUGCAGUUGGUAUUUGAUGAAUACCAGAAAAUUGCUGAGAAAUCCAUUGAGGACAGUAUUAAGAGCGAGCUUUCCGGAGACUUCGAAAGACUGAUGCUGGCUGUUGUUCAGUGCAUCAGGAGCAAGCCCAUGUUCUUCGCCAGACGCCUUUACAAAUCCAUGAAGGGUCUGGGCACAGCUGAUAACACUCUGAUCCGCAUUAUGGUCUCUCGCGCUGAGAUUGACAUGCUGGACAUCAGAGAGUGUUUCAGACUGCGCUAUGAGAAGUCUCUGUACAACAUGAUUCAGGAUGACACAUCUGGGGAGUACAAACGCACCCUGCUGAGACUGUGUGGAGGAGAUGACGAUAUGGCAGGGGAGUUCUUCCCAGAAGCUGCACAGAUUGCCUACAAGAUGUGGGAAAUCAGCGCCACGACCAAAAUCCAGUUAAGAGGAACUGUGCGACCAUAUCAAAAUUUUGACCCUGCAAGUGAUGCGCAAGCUCUGAGAAAAGCAAUGAAGGGGUUUGGCACUGAUGAAGAUACAAUUAUUGACAUUGUGGCGAAAAGGAGCAAUGAACAGAGACAGGAGAUCAGACAGACUUUCAAAUCUCUUUUGGGACGGGAUCUCAUGGCUGACCUAAAAUCAGAACUGUCCAAAAACCUUCAAAGACUCAUUCUGGGUCUCAUGAUGACCCCAGCAGAGUUUGACGCCAAGAUGAUGAAGAAAGCCAUUGAGGGCGCAGGGACUGAUGAACAUGCGCUGAUUGAGAUCCUGGUCACUAGGGGCAAUCAGGAGAUUCAGGAGAUGUGUUCUGCCUAUCAGAGUGCCUUUAAAAAAAGUUUGGAGGAUGCCAUCGCAUCAGAUACAUCUGGGCAUUUCAAAAGGAUCCUGAUUGCUCUGGCACAGGGAGCCCGUGAAGAGGGCCCAGUAGACAUGGCCAGGGCCUUGGAAGAUGCCCAAGAAUUGGCAGAGGCAUGCAACGCAGACUCUGGUGACAUGGAGGACAAGUUCAUGAGUAUCCUGUGCACAAGGAGUUUCCCUCACCUGAGGAAAGUGUUCCAGGAAUUUGUGAGGUGCAGCAACAAAGAUAUCGAACAGAUCAUAAAGAAAGAGAUGUCAGGAGAUGUUAAAAAUGCCAUGUUUGCUAUCGUGCGAAGUGUGAAGAAUCAGCCAUCUUACUUUGCUGACCGAUUGUACAAAGCCAUGAAGGGGCUGGGAACAGACGACAGGGCUCUCAUCCGUAUCAUGGUGUCCCGCUCUGAGAUUGACCUCUUCAACAUCCGCAAAGAGUUCAAGGACACCCAUGAAGCCUCUUUGCAUGAAUUCAUCCAGGUAGAGACGUUCGUUGGCGACACAUCAGGAGACUAUCGUAAAACCCUUUUGAUCCUCUGUGGAGGUGAGGACUAGAACAUUGUUCAUCGUCCUGGAUGUGUCACAAGAUAUUUACACCUAGCAACCAGUGCACUAUGUUCCUGUCCUUUGUUUGUGAGAUGCUAGUCAACAUACAGUCUUUGUGCCCUCUGCUGCUGCUGCCAUGCCUAUGCCAAAGCUAAUGACCUAUGCAAAAGCCACAUCUUGUCCCAUUUUCUGCGAUCAUGCACGAAACAUUUUUUUUUACAGUUAAAAGCACUUUUUGUGGUGUUACUCUACUAGUGCUUUAUUUGUUACCCAACACCCUGUUUAAAUGGAUCACCCCAGAAAUAAAAGAUGUGAUCAUG